CAAAUAGAAUGGAUUUUCCAGCCCAACACAUGAACAAACAUACAUGUGCACUAAUAAACCCUUACAAUCAUUUUGAAUGCGAGUCUAGAUUUUGGUUUCCCGCAUAACGAAAGAAGAGAGUGAGAGCCGGACUCUUAUUUUGUUGUUGAUGUUCCGAACUGUGAUUCGUUUACAUUCAAAUUUGUUUCGCGCCAUUCGCAAGCAGGAAAAAGUUUCAGUUUUUAAAUCGUCAAAAAUGGCCACUAUGUCCCCAGCUGAAUCCGGUGAAUUCAUCGUCAAAAACGCCAAAUUUGUAAAAGUCCACGAGGAGGGAAUCAAACAUUUGGCCAAAGAGGUGAUAAGCGGCAUCCAAUCGAAGGUGAUUGAUGUGGAAAACUUUUCUCAGCACGAGCACCAUCCAAAGCCGAGUGAUUCUCAUGCCCCAAAUUGGAUCUUUCUGAUUGAUACGCUAAACUUUUGCUUCUGGACACCGGGUGAUGCUACCAAGUGGAAAGUAGAUGGCCAAACCGGGUACUUCUCGCUGUGUGCUGCCAUCAACCGAGCUCUGAAGGAGGGAAUCGACAUCACCAAUCCAUCGUUCUAUUCAAAGAUCACUUUAGAAGAAUUGGAGAAAAUUCUUCGCUCAGAUGAUGGUCAAACCAAGGCUCCGCUUUUGCCAGAACGCGUUCAAUGUCUGCAUGAAGUUGGACGAGUGCUUCUCGAGAAAUAUGAUGGAAAGUUUGAAAACUGUGUUAAAGCAUGCAACAACUCGGCUGUAGCUUUGCUGAAGUUGGUAACAGAAGAGUUUCCAUGCUUUCGCGAUGAAGCCACUUACAAUGGAAAGCGGGUGUCGAUCUACAAACGGGCUCAAAUCUUGGUAGGAGAUCUAUGGGCUUGCUAUCGCGGCGAAGGUUUGGGACGAUUUGACGACAUUGACAAGAUCACCAUGUUCGCCGAUUAUCGCGUUCCUCAGGUGUUGGUACAUUUCAAGACGAUGGAAUACACCGAUGAGCUUAUGCAGUUGCUAAAGUCAGAUAAAAUCAUAGAGAAUGGAUGCGCCGAAGAGGUUGAAAUCAGAGGGGCUUCCAUUUAUGUUGUCGAACGGCUGAAGGAGGUUGUGCUGGAAGAAUUGAAGGCAAAUCAUCCGAACAUUUCCGCCAAGAACGUGAACGCCGUCCUGUUGGACCAUUUCCUGUGGGAUUAUCGUAGGAAGCACGCCGCCGAAUUGGAAUACAUUCCAUUCCAUAAGACGAUCAGCGUCUAUUAUUAGGGGUACCUGCCAUCAUUUGAAUUAUUUCUCUCAGGAAUGUACGCCACAUAUAAUCAAUUGAAACAGAAAAUAAAAACAGUUGAAAUAUUAUAAAAUAAA